AUGGCCAUGGAAGGUGUCCAAAUCUUCCUCCUAGGAACAGCACUCCUGGUGCCCUUCCGUGCUCUAGACACACACGUGGGGCUACUUACAAUGAUCCAAAUUCUCGUGGGACUCGGCAGCUGCCUGUUCACUGUGUGCAGACAGCUAGCGAUAAUGGCGAUGGUAACGCACCAAGAGAUCGCCGUUGUGAUGGCGAUCUUGGGAUUGUCCGGGGUCGAUUAG